UAUCAUAUUACUUCUUCUUGACACCAUCGAGCUCAUAAUUGUCGCUCCGAGGACGAAAAGAACGUCGUCAACGACGACGAACAGCAAAGGCCACCGUGAGAUGGGAAAUACAGCAUCAAAUACCAAUCAAAGUUCACGUUCACCUGUCCCGAGUAGAAGAAUCGAUUCAUCUGCGCGUCGACAAGCUCCAUCACAUUCACCAUCACCCAAUCCUCAUCAACCGCAUCGCUCGUUACGGACAAAGAAAAAAUCUCUUGAACUUCCAGAUCUUGCUUCACUGUCGCUCACACCAGCAGCAUCGUACCAUAACUCUGGAAAUUCUUCCCCCUUAUCACCUUACCGUCGCCCACUGAGAACAACUUCUCCAAUCCCGAUUCCGAUUCCUGCUUUUAACAAUGGAACGAUGAAUAAUGCUUCAAAUACAGGCACUUCCCCUCGUGGACGUCAGCCAAAUUUGAAAGGAACCGCAAACAGAGUUACUGAUACGGGAAACUACUCGGCAGAGCUACUCUUGGAUCACCCUCCAUCCACGCAUAUUCCGGUGCAUAACCAUCGCCCGCGAGGUAGCCCUUACUUUAGAGGCGCACCUUUGCAAUAUAGUUCCACUCAUUCUUUCGCAUCGCGCGGUCAGUCUGCUCAGCCUCGUAUGCAAGAGCUCUACGCCGAAAGUGAGAUUGAGGCAUCUGAGCAACCUGAUCCACCUGGUUUCAUUCAGGAGACCGUGCAUUCAACCAUACCACUUGCGCUUCACAAAGCGGAGGAGGAGAUGGCCAAAUCGGCAAAUGCUGACCCCGAUGGGGAGAACGGCCAACUGAUGAAACGACCAAAUCAAUCACACGAGGAACAAAAAGAACCCGUCUCCGUGAAGAUUACAUGGAAUGGUGGUGGAAAAAGCGUGGUCUUAGUUCGUGCUGGAGAUGGCAAUUGGACAGGUCGUCUGCCUAUGGAGCCCGACGAUCCAUUAAGCGACAAAUCGUGGUCUGCAUGGGUACCACUCAUGCCCGGCACUCAUCAUAUUCGAUUCAUCGUCGAUGAACAAUGGCGGGUAGCAGAUGACUUGCCUACUGCCGUUGAUGAUGAGGGUAGUCUUGCCAAUUACGUUGCCGUUCCUAUCUCCGGCUUGACCCCACCCCACGUGUCGUCUGUUGCCCCUGCUACACCGGCGGGGCGCCAUCCAAACCCUCAUGCACACUCCUUCUGGUCAACAACAAGCUCUACGCACGGUUCCAUUAUGGACACAUCUUCUGAUCCAAAGGGUACGCUUGGAAGGUGGACGGAUGAUAUUCCCGCAGGGCUUAUUGCAGCUGCUCGGGAGGAAGAAGCCUAUCUAGCGUAUACUGCUGGUCCCGAGUACGACCAGGCUCCUUACCAACAUGUCCCUACUCCCAACAUUCCACCUGCCCCUUCAUUGCCGCGGCAUCUUGAUAAACUGAUACUGAAUGCGAAAUCCGGGCAAUCUCCCGCAGGUAACCGGGGUCGGGAACACCGUGAACGUGAAAGGGAGCGUGAAAACAAACGACGUCAGGGACGAUCCCUACUGGGAAUGACGAGUACCGUUGCUCGUGAACUUCACAAGGAGGACAGGACUGCAGAACUAGAAGCUCCUGCAAUUCCCAUUACUACGGCAAGCGGCACGGAUGUAACCAGUGUGCAUUUCGCAGCCCCUGCGCAUACUCGGCUAGGUCUUGAUGGUCCUGGGCUGAGCGAUGACGCUAGCGUUCUCCCUGUUCCGUCUCAUGUUGUUUUGCACCACUUGAGUACCAGUGCAAUUCGUAAUGGUGUCUUGGCCGUGGGUAAUACCACACGAUAUCGCACGAAGUAUCUCACGACCAUCUAUUAUAAACCUACAUGACGAUUUACGGUUUAUCUUGCCUUUCUGGCUGACCCAGUUGCCUUUGUGCAGUCAAGAGAUCCGCCCGCAAUGAUUCGAUGAUUUCUAGACCAUCGGCCUGCUAUCUCGACAGCUUUCGAAGACCUCUCAUGUCGAGUCACUGUCAUCGUACGCAGUCGUUGAUUCAUUUUUUCUCCUCUUUUUUUUUUUGCGAAGCUGGCUCUUUAUAUGUUCUUUUACUGCUCUUUUGUGAUGACCGCUUGUACGUGACACGUUCUAUAUUGCCGUACCACGACCGACCAGACAUACACGAUGGACUUACUCGCUACGAUCUCAACAUAUUAGAAUACCCGCCAAAAUGUAUCUUUCUGUAUGUCUGGAAAUUUGUAAACACAAGUGUUAACUACACAGUUAGAUUAUGGUACUGCUGGAAUUAGACCUAAGAUGUCUAUGAAAAGCAACUUCCUUACAUUGGGACCGACUUCCGAAGUUG